AUGAAGGUGGAGCAGAGCCCUUCAGCCCUGAGCCUGCAGGAGGGAGCCAGCUGUAUCCUCAAGUGCAAUUACUCUAGCACAGUGAACAGUGUCCAGUGGUUCCGACAGAAUCCCGGGGGCGGCAGCCUCACCAGGCUGUUUUACAUAGCUUCAGGGAUGAAGCAGAGCGGAAGGCUAAACUGCACAGUGAAUACUAAGGACCAGUCCAGCACCCUCCACGUCACGGCCUCUCAGCUGGAAGACUCAGCCACCUACCUGUGUGCGGUGCAGGCACAGUGCUCCCUGGUGAUCUGCAGCCUGCCCCCAAACUGCCGCUGGGGCUGCACGUUUCCUCACGUUACGAAUAAAGAAGAUUAUUUGGGUGUCACUCCAGAGAUGAAGUGUUCUCCAGGUUUCAUGAUUGUCCUACUCUCAGUGCUUGGACAAACCCACGGAAACUCAGUGACCCAGAUGGGAGGCCAGGUGACCCUUUCAGAAGAGGCUUUCCUGACAGUGAACUGUAAUUAUUCAGCAUCAGGGUACCCUGCCCUUUUCUGGUAUGUUCAGUAUCUGGGAGAAGGUCCACAGCUCCUCCUGAAAGCCUUGACAGACAAGGAAAAGGGAAGCAACAAAGGUUUUGAAGCCACCUAUGACAGUUCAUCCAGAUCCUUCCACUUGAAGAAAAGCUCAGUGCAAAUAUCAGACUCAGCUGUGUACUACUGUGCCCUGAGUGACACAGUGAUAGGGACUGCAGGGGGAGCUGGGUGCAAACUCUGA